GGGGGCUCGGUCCGGCCCGGUCCGGCAGGGGCAGCGCGGGGCUGGUGCCUGCCCGGGGGGCCGAUUCCCGCUCCAGUCAGAGCGGAUUCGUGGGUGUGGCUGCUACUGAAGUAAAGAUUGAAAGGAGCUCAGAUGACAACGAAAGCAAACGUUCCUGUGACAGCAGGAUCCAUCGCUGUCCCUUAUGGGCACGUGAUUGGAAAUGAGAAGUGGAGGGGGUCAGAGAUAGCCCAAAGUCUGCAAGGGAAAAUUAAACUCAUCUUUGAAGAUGGCUUAGGACUUGUGGAUUUUCAUAUCUCAAGCAGAACUUGCAUUUUAUAUAUCUCUGAAGCAGAUUUGGUUGCAGGGGAUGAAUUCAAACGAAGAUUAGUUCGAUUUAGAAAUGCCAGCAGUCUUGGUGCAAUUGUAAUUGUAGAGAAAACCCAAAUAAGUGAUCAGUACUUCUUAGCAGUACAAAAGCUUGUUGUGCUAGAACUUGGAAUGGUGUUGCUUCCCGUAGCAAAUAAAGGAGAAGCUUCUCAACUUAUUGCUCAACUAGUCCGAGAACAAAGUAAGGAUCCCAGCAGAAACCCUUUCCUUCGUCAAAAGUGUUCUCAGCUGGCAGAACCGGCAGUGUUUCGGACGGUGCAACAAAUUCCAGGAGUUGGGAAAACAAAAGCUCUGCUUUUACUGCAGCAGUUUGGAAGCAUCCACCGACUUUGUAAUGCAUCUGUCAACGAGCUUGAGCAAGUAGUUGGGCAAACGGUAGCACAACAAAUUCACACUUUUUUAUGUUCCUGACAUCCAGAGACCUUCUGUUUAUUUUUUAAUUGUGAAUUAUAAUUUUUUUGUUUUAAUAAUCACAUAUUAAGGUUAUUUCUGUAAUUGUAUCAACUGGAGGAUAUUGGCUAGUUGUCUAGAUACUACUCUGCGGCUGCUUUUUUACAGGUGUUCUGCUCACAUAAAUUGAGCUGUGAAAAUUGCCUUGAAAGGAGGGGCUGUAAGGUGUUUUUCAAUUGUUUUGCAUAAACCCCAGAAAGCUGUCAUCUUCAGCAUCCACGAGAAAAAAUGGAAAUGCAAUUUGCAUGCUUAUUUUUGUCUUCCAGAGAUUUUUAUGGGUGGUGUUAUCUUAGUUACUGGAAAUGUGAGUUAAUGUGCUUUUAAAAAGUCAGCAUAUGUUGCUUUAUAGUAAUAUCUUUGACUUAAAACUUUUUGGAAUUCUUUUGGAAAGUUCUACUGGAAUACAGCCUUGGUUUUACACUAACUUCUCUGGUUUCUUCUUCUGUUCACAGAGCGUUAUCAAAUUUAUUCCUUUCCAUGUAAUAUCCAGAAUCUUGAUUAGUUCGUAUUGUGCUUUUGAAUGUAGGCUGAGAUAAUAAUUAUCAAUUGCAAUAUAUUUUGACAUUGAGUGUCAAUUGUACUUUUAGUUCUAUUUCAAAUUAUAAUCCUACCCCAUUUACUAAGAGUAAACCUGCCUUUUGGCUUAUGUACCCAUUAAGGAGUUAGGAGAAAAGCUUCUUUCAUUCUGUGUGAGUUUUGGGUCUCAUCAGGAAGGCAACUGAGCAGGAUUUUCAGCUUCCUUUUGUAAACUAAAGAGAUAAGAAAAUAGAACCUUGGUACCUCUGUAACCAAUCUUAUCCACUGGUUUGUGUGGUCAGCUUACAGACUUUUUAUUUAUACUGAUUCCUUUCGUGGGAUGAAA